AUGUCUUCUCAAAGGUCGAAAAGAUACGCUGCCAGAAACUCUCCACCGCCGAGUGCCCCGUGGGCCUUUGACCAACCACCGCCAACAGGCAUACCAGUUUCACCUCCUAACUAUAACUAUUUUGACAAUUACCAAAUACCUCCACCACGAUCACCACCACCGCCACCGCCACCGCCACCGUUACCUCAAGCUCAUGUUAGCACUCCAGGGAAGUGGUCUACUGGUCUCUGUGGUUGCUGCUCCGAUAUUCCAAACUGUUGUAUAACAUGUUGGUGUCCGUGCAUAACAUUCGGUCAGAUUGCUGAGAUUGUAGACAAAGGAUCUACUUCCUGUGGAGUAGGUGGAGUACUUUACACUCUUAUAGCCCUUACGGGAUGUGCGUGCUUAUAUUCUUGCUUCUAUCGUUCAAAGUUGAGAAGGCAAUACAUGCUGCCGGAGACUCCAUGUGCAGAUUGUUGCGUUCAUUUUUGUUGUGAAUGUUGUGCCUUGUGCCAGGAGCAUCGUGAGCUUAAAAACCGCGGAUUUGAUAUGUCUAUUGGAUGGCAAGGAAAUGUGGAGAGGCAGAAUCCUAGAAUUACAACGGCACCAAACAUUCAUGGAGGAAUGAGUCGAUAAGUGGUUGGCUUCUGCUAUCCAAUUGUAGACGGUGGCCAUUAUAUUUGAUGAGACAAAUAUUUUUCUUCUUUCUUGUGGCAUGGGGUGUGAAUUAGGUAAUGCUUAUAGUUGUUUCCUCUCUAAGUAAUUUAUGUAAUUAAGGUCAAAUUCCAUGA